UAACUCUGCAAUGGGGAAUCGUGAUAUCCUCCCUUCUUUGGCUGCAAAUAAUCUCUCCAAGAAGAGAAAGGCUCUGCCCAUUGAAACCAUGUUCAGGCUUCCUUCUCCACUACCAGUUUGGCCAAAGGGGCAAGGAUUUGCAACUGGAAUUAUGGAUCUGGGAGGAGGACUACAUGUGUGUCAAAUAUCAACCUUGGACAAAGUUUGGGCAACCCAUGAAGGUGGCCCAGACAACUUCGGGGCUACGUUCUUUGAACCAUCGCGAAUACCAGAUGGUUUCUCUAUGCUAGGUUGCUACAGUCAACCCAAUAACAAGCCCUUAUUUGGAUGGGUUCUUGUAGGGAAAGAUGAUGGUUCAAGUGGAGCUUUAAGGAAGCCACUUGACUAUACUCUUAUUUGGAGCAGUGAGUCUUCCGAGAUCAAGAGAGAUGGCAAUGGUUACGUGUGGCUACCAAUUCCCCCCGAUGGUUACAAAGCCAUAGGCCAAGUGGUCACAAACUCUCCUCAAAAGCCAUUCCUAGAUAAAAUCAAAUGCGUUCGAGCUGACCUCACCGACCAGUGCGAGGCUGACUCGUGGAUUUGGGGUCUAGGUAAGGCCAACAAUGCCAAUGUGCUCAAUGUGUAUGAUGUAAGACCCAUCAUUAGGGGGGCCAAUGCUGUUGGUGUCUCUGUGGGUACUUUUGUGGCCCAACUUGGUGGGACUGCCUCUCCUUUGUCUAUAGCUUGUUUGAAGAAUGCCAAGUCCAAUCUUUCUUCUAUGCCUAAUCUAAUGCAGAUUGAUGCAUUAAUGCGAGCUUAUUCUCCUUGGGUGUAUUUCCAUCCAGAUGAAGAGUUCCUUCCUUCUUCAGUGAGAUGGUUUUUUGUGAAUGGGGCAUUAUUGUAUCAUAAGGGGGAAGAGUCAAAGCCUGUUCCGAUUGAACCCAAUGGCUCGAACCUUCCCCAAGGUGGUUCAAACGAUGGUGCCUACUGGUUGGACUUGCCUGUGGAUGCAGGGGCCAAAGAGAGAGUCAAGAAAGGAGAUCUAGGGAACUCCCAGGUUUAUGUACACGUGAAACCCAUGCUGGGUGCAAGUUUCACUGACUUAGCUAUAUGGGUGUUCUAUCCAUUUAAUGGGUCUGCCAAGGCUAAGGUUGAGAUCGUCAAUGUCUCAUUGGGGAAGAUAGGUGAACAUGUUGGUGAUUGGGAGCAUGUGACCCUAAGAGUAAGCAAUUUCAAUGGGGAGCUACAAAGGGUAUACUUCUCGGAACACAGUGGAGGGACAUGGGUGGAAGCUUAUGAGCUUGAGUUUCAAAAUGGUAAUAAAACUGUGGCCUAUGCAUCUUUGCACGGGCAUGCUUUGUAUUCGAAGGCAGGACUUGUUUUGCAAGGAAGUAAGGGAUCAAUAGGAAUAAGGAAUGACAUGGGGAAGAGCAAGAUGAUGAUGGAUACUGGUGGGAGCUAUUCAGUAGUGGCAGCUGAGUAUUUGAGUUCAGUUAUUAUUGAGCCACCUUGGCUCAAGUAUUGUAGGAAAUGGGGUCCGAACAUUAGCUAUGACAUUGCGGAUGAGAUUAGGAAGGUGGAAAAAGCAUUGCCUGGGCCAUUCAAAUCGGCUUUCAAUCGAUUUGUCAGAGGCCUACCGAAUGAAGUCUUAGGUGAGGAGGGUCCUACGGGUCCCAACAUGAAGAACGACUGGACCGAAGAUGAAGUUUCAUAAAUGCGUAUAUAUAUUUAUAUAUUUAACAUAUGAAGUUGUGGCUAAUUUUAUUACUGUGUAAUAUGUGAAGUUCUAAAAUACUCAUUUGUUGCUCUAUGCUAAUUUCUUUAUAAAUAAAAAAUUUGAAAAUUCUACUCCGCUCCGUUUCCAACAAAAUAGAGUUGGAGUCGGAUUUUUGUUUUUAAUUUCUCAAUCGAA